AUGAGCGCUGGCUACCCACAAGCCGAGCCCACUGCCAAGACGGUGAGCGAGGCCUCCACCGCAGCGUCAGAUGACUCGCCCCAAGACUGCGCGGAGAAGUCUUCUUCAAAGAGGGCCGUGAAGGAGGCCGUCGAGGUGGUAAUUGGCACCUCAGAGGACAAGCACCUGGCGCGGAAGGUGGCUGAGCUUUGCAACGAGGCCUACGGCUAUCGGCGUUUGUCGGAGAACGAAGCCAAAGGACGACUGGCCAUGGGCGAUGAUGAGGAUGCCAACCGAGUGCUGCACCUCGCCUUCCGCGGGAAGCAGCUGGUGGGCUGCUGCUCCUCUACGCUUCAGCCUCCCUGGACCCCCAGGUCCUGUGGCCACUGGGGGCUUUUGUCGGUGCAUCCGGAGGCCCAAGGCACUGGCGUGGCCUCGGCCCUUAUCGCUGCAGCUGAGCGCCGCCUCUUGGAAUCGGGCUGCUGUGCCGUGCAGAUGGAGUACGAAUACACUGCCGGCGAUGAGAGCUCCGUGCGGCUGUUGAAAUGGUACGAGGGCCGCUGCGGCUUCCGAGCCUCCUCGCCGCCGCCGCGGCGUGGAUCGGAGUUCCGAUGCUGCCGCAAGAAGCUGACCCCGGAGACCGUCUACACUCCAGGAGACCGGGCUGGAGGCGACAGCGCUGUCGAUUCAGUCGUGAAGGACUCCACCAAACAGCCGGCAGAGAAAGUGGCAGAGCCAUCGCCAUCCUCGGAGCAGUCCGAAGAUGAGAGCAGUCCUUUGGACUACCUCCCGGUGACGACCUCCGAGGAGGAAGAGGAACCUGAGCGGCCAGCUGCCAAGGUUUGCCGAGUGCUCUGA